UCAGCACCUACUACGUGCUGAGAUUAUGAGAGGGACCAAGACAGUCUUAGUCCCUACUCUGGUGGAACUUAACAGUCUAUCAAGGAAUGUACUGGACAUUAAACAAGCAAAUACACUACACUGCAAAGACUCUUGGAAGUGCAACGCCCAGAAAACCUGUCUUAUCUGUCAGUGCAAGGAAAAUUAAGGACAAUGCAGCCGAUUGGCAUAAUUUAAUCCUGAAAUGGGAAACCCUCAAUGAUGGAGGUUUUGCUACUGCAAAUAAUAUUGCCAACCUGAAAAUGAGUUUAUUGAGCAAAGACACGAUAGGAUUAGAGAGCAGCAGCCUGGCUUCUGAUGAAAAUGCAGAAAAGGAGCACACAGAAUACAGCAGGGAGCUCGAGAUGCUGUGCGAGGGGCUGCAGACCACCCUGGAUGCUCUGACCAAAAUACAGAUGAAAAUGGAAAAGCUGUCUUCCACUACCAAGGGGAUUUGUGAACUAGAAGAUUACCAUUACAGGGAGGAGGGAAAACGGCCCACCCUGUUCCACACGUGGCCCACAGCCUAUUUUUACGAGGUCUCCCGCAAGCUCUCCGACAUGUACAGCCGGGAGCUCCGCCUGAAGCGCACCGUCGUGGAGCAGCUGGCGCACACGGCCGACCGCGACCUGGCGCUGAGCUUCCUCUCCAUGUGGCUGCACCAGCCCUACCUGGAGGCCGACAGCACGCUGCUUCUGGAAAGCAUGCUGCUUGAAACGGGCCACCGAGCGCUGUGACCUCCCAGCGAGGCUCCGCGCACCUCUGGGCUCUGGACCUCAGCUUCUGCAGCUCCCACGGCCGACGGUCCUUUGGGUGGGCCCGUGCCGCACCCCGGGAUCACGGCCCGUGCCGCACCCCGAUCACGGCCCGUGCCGCACCCCGGGAUCACACCCCGUGCCGCACCCCGGGAUCACGCCCCGCCGCACCCCGGGAUCACGCCCAUGCCGCACCCCGGGAUCACGCCCCGUGCCGCACCCCGGGACACGCCCCUGCCGCACCCCGGGAUCACGCCCCUGCCGCACCCCGGGAUCACGCCCCCCGUCGCACCCCGGGAUCACGCCCCUGCCGCACCCCGGGAUCACGGCCCCUGCCGCACCCCGGGAUCACGGCCCCUGUCGCACCCCGGGAUCACGGCCCCUGUCGCACCCCGAGAUCACGCCCCUGCCGCACCCCGGGAUCACGCCCCUGCCGCACCCCGGGAUCACGGCCCCUGCCGCACCCCGGGAUCACGGCCCCUGUCGCACCCCGGGAUCACGCCCCGCCGCACCCCGGGAUCACGCCCCUACCACACCCCGGGAUCACGCCCCUGUCGCACCCCGGGAUCACGCCCCUGCUGCACCCCGGGAUCACGGCCCCUGUCACACCCCGGGAUCACGCCCCUGUCGCACCCCGGGAUCACGGCCCCUGCCGCACCCCGGGAUCACGGCCCCUGUCGCACCCCGGGAUCACGCCCCUGCCGCACCCCGAGAUCACGGCCGCUGCCGCACCCCGGGAUCACGGCCCCUGUCGCACCCUGGGAUCACGCCCCGCCGCACCCCGGGAUCACGCCCCGUGCUCUGGCGCAGCCACCCACUGACCUUAGGAUCUUCCAGACCUGAUCAUUUCACCAGCUCUCUUCGGUUAUCACUGCUGCCUGCCGUCCACCACUCAGCGUCAUCUGCACCUAUUGUGAAUGUGUCACUAUGAAGACUUCUGCCC